CAGAAAUGGGAUGAACUGAAUAAUGAAAAGAAAGAAGUGGAUAAUAUCUUACAAUCUGUUAGGACUGAAAAGAGCAAUAUUGAAAAAGAAAGGUCUGAAAUUGAUGAAGAGAAACAGCAAAUGGAGAGCAAGUUCAGGACUGCAUUGAAGAGAGAGAUGGAAAAUGUGGAGCUCCUAAAGAAAGAGUUACUUGAUGAAAAGGAAUUAAUAGAAAAGAGCAAACAGCUGUUAAACAGAGACAUGGACGAAGUGGAACAACACAAGGCCAGACUGACCAGAGAGUCAGAGGACAUUAAACACAGGAAAGACAUACUUGAGGAGGAGAAGAGCAUGUUAGAGAAGAUGAAGGUGGAACUAGACAGAGAAUCUGAGAACAUGGAGAAAAUGAAGCUCAACUCACAGAACGAGAAAGUGAAGUUUGAAGAAAAAUACGCAGAAAUUCAAAGAGAAAGAAACAUUAUGACAGUCUUGCUGAGGAGAACCAAAAGAAGAAAGAAGAGCUGGAUGGUUUGCAUGCUGAGAUUAAACAGCAAAGAGAAGCAAUUAAUUUUGAUAAAGAGGUGACUGACAAGGAGAAAGCUGACCUGGAGAUAAUGAAAGAAGAGGUGAGGAAAAGCAAAGAAGUUCUAGAAAACCAAAUUACUGAGGAAAGGAAAAAGAAUGAGAUGAGCCAGGGCAGAAAUACGAGAAGGAGAGAGACACUGUUGAACAUGAAAAGCAAAGACUAAGACUCAGACAAGAUGAUCUAGAACGACUGCAGGCAGAAAUUAUAAAACAACAAAAAGAAAUGGAUGAGUUGAGGAACACGAUCAGUAUUGAAAGGAAUCUGCUUGAAAAGAAGAAGGCUGAAACUUGAUGAACAGGAAAAAGAAAUGAACUAUAUCACUGCUCGAUUUCAAGAACAGAAGCACAAUUUUGAGACAGAAAAGGCUGAAAUAAUCAGAGAGAAAGAAAGAAUGAUGGAUAAACUCCACAGUGAAAGGGAAAAUGUGGAACUUCUGAGAAAAGAAGUGCUCAGUGAAGAGGAGUCAUUAGAAAAUAAAAAAGAGUUUCUGAAGACAGAUAUGGAUGAAAUGGAACAAAGCAAAUUACAUUUGGAGAAAGAGUUAGAAAACAUAAAGCUCCAGAAAGAAAUGAUUGAGGAUGAGAAAGACCAACUGGAACAGACAAAGGCUGAGCUGCACAGAGAAGCUGAGAACAUCGACAAAUUAAAACAAGAGAUGCAGAAAGAAAGACAGAGAGUAGAAGAAAUGACUGCCCAACUUCAAAAGAGAGGGAUGAUGCAGCAAAUCUUUCUGAGGAAGUGAAGAGGAAAGUGGAAGACCUAAAUAGGAUGCGUGCUGAUUUUGAAAAAGAACGAGAGGCACUCAAAUCUGAGAAAGACAAGCUCAGAAUGGAAAUGCAUGAUCAUGAGAGCUCAAAGAUAGAGCUUGAAAAAGCCAGAGAAAAUCUAGAGAAACAAAUGACUGAAAAAGAGGAACAAACUAAAAUGAUUCUGUCAGACAUACAGAAAGAGAGAGAGAAACUUGAGCAGAUGAACAUUUACAUCUCAAGCCAAGCCAAAGAUAUGAAAAGAAUAAUAGAAAAGAGCAAACAGCUGUUAAACAGAGACAUGGACGAAGUGGAACAACACAAGGCCAGACUGACCAGAGAGUCAGAGGACAUUAAACACAGGAAAGACAUACUUGAGGAGGAGAAGAGCAUGUUAGAGAAGAUGAAGGUGGAUCUAGACAGAGAAGCUGAGAACAUGGAGAAAAUGAAGCUCAACUCACAGAACGAGAAACAAAGAGAAGCAAUUAAACUAGAUAAAGAGGUGAUUGACAAGGAGAAAGCUGACCUGGAGAUAAUGAAAGAAGAGGUGAGGAAAAGCAAAGAAGUUCUAGAAAACCAAAUAACUGAGGAAAGGAAAAAGAAUGAGAUGAGCCAGGCAGAGAUACAGAAGGAGAGAGACAGUGUUGAACAUGAAAAGCAAAGACUAAGACUCAGACAAGAUGAUCUAGAACGACUGCAGGCAGAAAUUAUAAAACAACAAAAAGAAAUGGAUGAGUUGAGGAACACGAUCAGUAUUGAAAGGAAUCUGCUUGAAAAGAAGAAGGCUGAACUUGAUGAACAGGAAAAAGAAAUGAACUAUAUCACUGCUCGAUUUCAAGAACAGAAGCACAAUUUUGAGACAGAAAAGGCUGAAAUUAUUAGAGAGAAAGAAAGAAUGAUGGAUAAACUCCACAGUGAAAGGGAAAAUGUGGAACUUCUGAGAAAAGAAGUGCUCAGUGAUAAGGAGACAUUAGAAAAUAAAAUAGAGUUUCUGAAGACAGAUAUGGAUGAAAUGGAACAAAGCAAAUUACAUUUGGAGAAAGAGUUAGAAAACAUAAAGCUCCAGAAAGAAAUGAUUGAGGAUGAGAAAGACCAACUGGAACAGACAAAGGCUGAGCUGCACAGAGAAGCUGAGAACAUCAACAAAUUAAAACAAGAGAUGCAGAAAGAAAGACAGAGAGUAGAAGAAAUGACUGCACAACUUCAACAAGAGAGGGAUGAUGCAGCAAAUCUUUCUGAGGAAGUGAAGAGGAAAGUGGAAGACCUAAAUAGGAUGCGUGCUGAUUUUGAAAAAGAACGAGAGGCACUCAAAUCUGAGAAAGACAAGCUCAGAAAGGAAAUGCAUGAUAAUGAGAGCUCAAAGAUAGAGCUUGAAAAAGCCAGAGAAAAUCUAGAAAAACAAAUGACUGAACAAGAGGAACAAACUAAAAUGAUUCUGUCAGACAUACAGAAAGAGAGAGAGAAACUUGAGCAGAUGAACAUUUACAUCUCAAGCCAAGCCAAAGAUAUUGAAAAUGAAAAGGAACAACUGAAACUCAGAAAAGACGAACUGGAACAGAUACAAGUAGAGAUUUCAAAACAACAAAGAGAAAUGGAUGAUAUGAAAAACAGAAUAAUGACAGAAAAAGGACAGCUUGAGCAGAAAUGGGAUGAACUGAAUAAUGAAAAGAAAGAAGUGGAUAAUAUCUUACAAUCUGUUAGGACUGAAAAGAGCAAUAUUGAAAAAGAAAGGUCUGAAAUUGAUGAAGAGAAACAGCAAAUGGAGAACAAGUUCAGGACUGCAUUGAAGAGAGAGAUGGAAAAUGUAGAGCUCCUAAAGAAAGAGUUACUUGAUGAAAAGGAAUUAAUAGAAAAGAGCAAACAGCUGUUAAACAGAGACAUGGACGAAGUGGAACAACACAAGGCCAGACUGACCAGAGAGUCAGAGGACAUUAAACACAGGAAAGACAUACUUGAGGAGGAGAAGAGCAUGUUAGAGAAGAUGAAGGUGGAUCUAGACAGAGAAGCUGAGAACAUGGAGAAAAUGAAGCUCAACUCACAGAACGAGAAAGUGAAAGCUGAAGAAAUAUACACACAGAUUCAAAGAGAAAGAAACAUUACUGACAGUCUUGCUAAGGAGAACCAAAAGAAGAAAGAAGAGCUGGAUGGUUUGCAUGCUGAGAUUAAACAGCAAAGAGAAGCAAUUAAACUAGAUAAAGAGGUGAUUGACAAGGAGAAAGCUGACCUGGAGAUAAUGAAAGAAGAGGUGAGGACAAGCAAAGAAGUUCUAGAAAACCAAAUAACUGAAGAAAGGAAAAGAGGAAAAUGUGGACUUCUGAGAAAAGAAGUGCUCAGUGAUAAGGAGACAUUAGAAAAUAAAAUAGAGUUUCUGAAGACAGAUAUGGAUGAAAUGGAACAAAGCAAAUUACAUUUGGAGAAAGAGUUAGAAAACAUAAAGCUCCAGAAAGAAAUCAUUGAGGAUGAGAAAGACCAACUGGAACAGUCAAAGGCUGAGCUGCACAGAGAAGCUGAGAACAUUGACAAAUUAAAACAAGAGAUGCAGAAAGAAAGACAGAGAGUAGAAGAAAUGACUGCACAACUUCAAAAGGAGAGGGAUGAUGCAGCAAAUAUUGCAGAGGAAGUGAAGAGGAAAGUGGAAGACCUAAAUAGGAUGCGUGCUGAUUUUGAAAAAGAACGAGAGGCACUCAGAUCUGAGAAAGACAAGCUCAGGGUGGAAAUGCAUGAUUAUGAGAGCUCAAAGAUAGAGCUUGCAAAAGCCAGAGAAAAUCUAGAAAAACAAAUGACUGAACAAGAGGAACAAACUAAAAUGAUUCUGUCAGACAUACAGAAAGAGAAAAAUAUGUUAGUAGAAAUGAAAGUGGAACUGCAAAGCGAAGUGAACAGAAUUGAGAUUUUAAAGCAAGAGGCACAGAAUGACAAGAAGAAAUUGGAAGAACUUAACACUCAACUUCAAAACAAGAGGCACAGUAUUGAUCAGCUUGCUGAAGACACUGAAAAGAGGAAGGAUAUUCUCAAUAGAAUUCAGGCUGAUAUAGAAAAGCAGAGGGACACAAUUGAGUCAGAAAAAUGCUUGCUUGAAAAUGAAAAGAAAGACCUGGAGAAGACUAAAGUAGAGAUUGCGAAAUCUAAGGAAGACUUAGAGAACCAAAUCUCUGAACAAAAAGAAAACUAUGCUGUUGCACUUGCAGAAAUACAAAAAGAGAGAAUGUCUCUUACACAGAUGCAUGAAACAAUCUCAAAGCAGUUUGCUGAUGCUGAAAAUGAAAGGAAGAAAAUAUCACAAAGAGAAGAUGAGCUAGCACAGCAACAGGCUGAGGUCCUCAAACAACAGAAAGAGAUGGAAGAUCUGAAGGAUACCAUCAAGCUGGAGAUGAAUCAGCUUGAGCAGAGACAGGCUGACUUAGACCAGCUCCAGAAAGAGGUGGAUGAUUUUAUGGAAUUCACCAAGAAUGAAAUGAGAAAUGUUGAGAAAGAAAGGGCUGAACUGUUAGAAGAGAAACAAAAAAUGGAGAGCGAUUUGAGGUCUACUCUCAGAAUGCAGUUACAAAAUGUGGAGCAUCUAAAGAAGGAACUACUUGCUGAGAAGGCAUUCAUUUUCAAUAGCAGACAGGCACUGCAAAGAGAUAAAGAUGAUAUUGAGUUGAGCAAAGCCAACAUACAUAGACAAUUAGAGGAUAUCAGAAUUCAGAGACAGAUUAUUUCAGAUGAGAAUGAAGUGUUGCAGAAGAUGAAGGCUGAUCUGCACAGAGAAGCACAUGAUAUUGAGAAGCUAAAGCAACAGCUAGAGAAUGAAAAGCAGAGGGUUGAAGAGACAGCAGCCCAACUCCAGAAAGAAAGAGCUUAUUUGAAGACCCUCACUGAAGAAGCCAAAAGGGAGAAGAAUGUUCUGGACGGACUGCAAGUUCAGGUUGAAAAGCAGAGACGGUCAUUUGAAUUUGAAAAGGAUAUGAUUGAAAAGAAAACAUCUGAAUUAAUGAAAACUAUAGAUGAGAUGACAAAAGCCAAAGAAGAGCAGAAACAAAGACAACUUAGAGAAGAUGACACAGAACAACUUCAAGUCGAAAAUCAGAAACAGCAGAAAGAAAUGGAUGACAUGAAGAAUAUCAUCUUAAUGGAGAAAAGUCAGUUAGAACAGAGGCAGACUGAAUUUAAUCAGCAACACAAAGAAAUGAAUGAUAUGAUGGAGUCAAUCAGGAUGGAGAAGAGUGAUCUUGAGACUGAGAAGAACAAUCUUGAGAAAGAAAAGGCUAAAAUGAUGGAGCAGAAGCAGCAAAUGGAGAGCGAUCUGCAAGAUACAAUAAGGAUGGAGAGAGAAAACAUUGAGCAACUGAAGAAUGAACUGCUUGAUGAAAAGAGAUUUAUUGAAAACAACAAGAAAAUGUUGCAGAACAAUAUAGCUGACGUAGAACGAAAGAAACUGGAACUGGUUAGGGAGUUAGAAAACCUAAAAACGCAGAAACAAGCUUGUGAGGAAGAGAGGGAUGACAUACAGAAAGAAAAAGCUGGCCUGCAAAGAGAGUUAGAUGACAUUGCAAAGCUAAAGCAAGACACACAGAAAGAAAGAGAGAAAGUGUUUGAAAUAGUAGCCCAACUUCAAAAAGAGAGAGACCAAAUAAGUAAUGUUGCUGAAGAGAACAGUAGGAAGAAAGACAUUCUUAUUAGGAUGCAAGAUGACAUAGAAAAACAAAGACAAGCAAUUGAGGCUGAUAAAGAUAUGCUUGAACAGUUAAAACACAAACUGGACAACGAUAAGGAAGAUAUAGCUAGAGCAAAAUUACUUCUUGAAACUCAGUUGCUGAAGAAAGACAACAUAAUGAGCUGACUCUGGGAGAAAUACAGAAAGA